AUGAUCCCCGGUGCAGCCGUUUACGUGGUUGACACGAUCCGGGCGAUGGAUCCAGCGCAGCGGGCUGUGAAGCAGCUCGGGGUACGGUACUUCGCCGGUGCGCUACCCGAGGUCGAGCUGUCGCCGGUGCACGACUUUGUGGACGCCAGUUGUAGACAACAUCAAACUGGGUGCUGUUCCCGCGGUGGCAUCUGUAAUUUCAUGCACGUCCGCGAGAUCCGCAACAUCAUCCGGGAUCGCCUCCAAAAGCGCUCCAAAUCGCGUUCGCCGAGCCCGUGCAGCAGUCGAGGGUCCUCUCGAAGUCGUCAAACAGCUUCCGGAUCUGCCCUCAGCGACUUCGAGACGUCUGAAGGUGUCCGAAAGCGUCGAUGUCGCCGGAAGGAGCCGGAAGUGGUAGAUGGGAAUCUGCCGACGAAAUAUCAGACAGUGCCGAUGCAUACCAGCAGCGAUGAGAUGUCGGACACGGACCCUUGCGUCAAUGAGAGCCUCUCAGACGAUUCUAGGGCAACACCGAAGGCGUUUAGGACGGAAAGAUUCGUCUCGGCCGACGAAAUGGAACUCCCCUCCAGCGACGACUCCGAGCCGGCCGAUCUCAAGGAAAAACGCGAACGGGACAUCAAAAAGAUGCAAAUCAUACGGCAUCGUCGUUGGGAGUUGAUGAAGGGGAAAAUAGGCUCCUCUGCGACAGAAUGCGCCGCCGUGGAUGGCUAUGAAGACUGUCAAGAGGAGACGACGCGGAAUGCUAUCUGCGGUUUUAGU